AUGGUUGAAAGAAAUUCCGGCCAGGCACGCGAUGAUCCAUGGACGACAAGAGGGGUGCCUGAGGACGAGGUCGCCGACACCGCUCCUUUCCCAUCCAUCUGCGGUCGCGUUGAGUCAUCCGCAUCCGCUAGAAUGAAAAUAGCGCGCGAAAGCCGCUUGACUCCGCGUGCUGGCUGCACGAGCCGCGCAACCCCUCUCGAUCACCGCCCCCGCAUUGUUGGCCCUGCCAUCGAGAUCACCACGAUGACUUCAGCUCCAGCAACCCAUUGUCGUGUCAGUGGUUUAUCUCGUCAUCUCGUGUCUGACGCCAAGGCCCUAUCAACACCUCCGAAUCACCACCAUCUCGAGCAACGGUUGGGCGCCUUAAUGGCAUUGUGCUGCUGUCAUGCCGUCACUAAGCGGCUGUUAUCAGCCCAGUCCACUUGGCCCACUAAGGCAAGGCCGAGCGCACUGGCACUGAACAUCAUGUCAAUCUGUCAUCCGAGGCACCCUACUGGUGCCGGCAUGAAGAUCUCUCUCUGUUACUGUCUUCUCCACGAUUGUUUUGUGGCCCUGACGGCCUGCAGCGCGGUGACGGCGCUUAGCCAUGACACGCAAGCCGAGGGCCACUUGCGCGAUACGGGUGCCGAACCGUGCCUUGGAAUUGUGAUCCCGGGCCGCCUGUCAACGCACGUCCAGCAACAUCACAGCAGUUCUCGGCAGUGGGGUGCUGUUCCAGCGGUCACCCUCGCUAGUCUCGUCGUUAUCUUUAUCAGAUUCCCUACGGAGUAA